CCUCACUCGAACGCUCUGGUUGUGGUGCAAUCGAUUGAGUACAAAACUAGGGUUCCAAAAUUCGCAAAAAUCAAACUUCUGACCUUUUAAAUUCUUGACGAAAGCGCUUUUAAUCAUGGAGAGUGCGUUCGCGAGCGCCUCUGCGAUCAGUGACCAGAGGCAGAAGAUCGAACAGUACAAGCACAUCCUCUCCUCCGUCAUCGCAUCAAACGACGUUGGGCAGGCAAAAAAGUUCAUUGAUCACAUUUUAUCGGAUGAUGUGCCGUUGGUGGUCUCGCGGCAGCUUUUACAGACGUUUGCGCAAGAGUUGGGGAGGUUGGAGCCUGACGCUCAGAAGGAGGUUGCCCAUUAUAUACUCAAUCAGAUUCAGCCUCGAGUUGUAUCAUUCGAAGAACAGGUGUUAGCAAUUAGAGAGAAGCUGGCAGAGUUGUACGAGUCUGAACAGCAGUGGUCAAAAGCAGCCCAGAUGCUCAGUGGCAUUGAUCUAGACUCUGGAAUGAGGGUGAUUGAUGAUACAUUCAGGCUGUCAAAAUGUGUCCAAAUUGCUCGCUUGUACCUUGAGGAUGAUGAUGCUGUUAACGCAGAAGCUUUUAUUAAUAAAGCUUCAUUCUUGGUUAGCAACAGUCAGCAAGAAGUAUUGAAUUUACAGUACAAGGUUUGUUAUGCAAGGAUUUUAGAUUUGAAAAGAAAGUUCUUAGAAGCUGCACUACGUUAUUAUGCUAUUUCCCAAAUUGAGAAGCGCCAAAUCGGGGAUGAAGAGAUUGAUGAAGAAGCACUUGAGCAAGCAUUAGCUGCUGCUGUGACAUGCACAAUUUUGGCUGCUGCUGGUCCUCAACGAUCUCGUGUUCUUGCCACCCUGUACAAGGAUGAACGUUGCUCAAAGUUAAAGAUUUAUCCAAUCCUGCAGAAGGUUUAUUUAGAGAGGAUUUUGAGGAAGCCAGAAAUUGAUGCAUUUGCUGAAGAGCUAAAACCACAUCAGAAAGCAUUUUUACCUGACAACUUUACUGUGCUGGAUCGUGCUAUGAUUGAGCAUAACCUCUUGAGUGCAAGCAAACUUUACACAAAUAUAAGCUUUGAUGAGUUAGGCACAUUGCUGGGCAUUGCUCCUCACAAGGCUGAGAAGAUAGCAUCUAGAAUGAUAUACGAAGACAGAAUGAGGGGAUCUAUUGAUCAGGUUGAAGCUGUCAUUCAUUUUGAGGAUGACACGGAGGAACUGCAACAAUGGGAUCAACAGAUUGUUGGACUGUGUCAAGCUCUCAAUGAUGUCCUUGAUAGCAUGGCGAAGAAGGGUCUACCAAUCCCCGUCUGAUCAAUGCUUUUGAUGAUCUAUGUAAAAUAUUUAUUGAAUUCCAAUGGAUAGUGUUUAUGGAGACUCUUUUUUCUGAUCCUUUUCUAGCUUAGCAUCUAAAAUUGUGUUGCUGUCUGUUAAAAUCUACCUAAAUUUUGAUAUACUGUGUUGUUUAGCUGUAGGCCUAAUACUUCCCAAAGGCCUCUUCCAUCUUUUCUGUUCUCUACAUUAGGGGUCUAGAAAGUAGUCUACAACACAAGCCUUAAAAGAUCUGUUACAGGCAGAGUUAUUGACCAAACGAAUGAAGCCGAUGUCCGGGAAUGGAAGAGUCUUUACAUACACGGUUUCAUGGACGAGAAAGAAUAGUGUAAUGGUCAUGCCCAAUCUGAGCUACUAGGCUAGGGGCAAAGGUGAGGAAUUAUUUCAAGAAAAGAUGCUAUGACCUCAAACUUGAGACCCAUUUUGGGCCCACUCCUAUACGAGCUGUUGAAGUGGACAGCUUAUAACAGCUAUACUAAGACAUGCAAGAACUGCAUGUGAUCUGAGAAGCAUGUCCCAGCUCUACAAGGGUGAAACAAAACCUUAAAUUGAACAUACUUCUUAUUCCAGUUUGGUUCGGUAGAAUGUUGUUCAAAUCGAACUCAAGUUGAAACCAAAGUUUAAUUUCUCCGCAAAUUU